CACAAUUUUCGAAAAUGAAUCAGUUCGCUCGCUAUUUACGACAUUACUGUACAAAACCAGAAUUGCCAAAAUGUGACUUCAUCCCUAAAAAGUACAAGGGUUUGUCCUACAAUGAAAUGAAAGAAAUACGAAACGUAAACGUCAAUCCCGUUCUUAUAACUUAUUAUAGUGAACCGCUUGCCUUACAUCAAGGUUAUAAACAAUGGUUAUUCGAUAUUUAUGGAAAACGUUAUUUGGACAUGUUCGCGGGAGUGUGCACAGUUGCUGUUGGACAUUGUCAUCCGAAAAUUAACGAAGCUGUGAAAGAACAAAUGGAUACAUUAGGUCAUAUCACAACUCUCUAUUUCAACACAAAAUUGCAAGAAUAUGCUAAGAAGUUGGCUGGAAAAUUACCGGGUAAUUUAGAAAGUAUCUAUUUUGUAAACAGUGGUAGUGAAGCAAAUGAUUUAGCUUUAUUGAUAGCUAGAGCUUAUACUGGAAAAUUUGAUGUUAUGUCUUUGAAAAAUUGUUAUCACGGUAUGACUUACCAAACUAUGGGAUUGACAUCAAAUAAUACUUACAAGUAUCCUGUAGCAGGGCCAGCUGGAAUGUUUACGACUUUAAAUCCUGAUGUUUACCGAGGAUUAUGGGGUGGUCAGAACUGUCGUGACAGUCCCGUUCAAACAGACAGAUCUUGCAAUUGCAGUGGAGAGUGUCAAGCAGGUUUGAAAUAUUUGGAACAAUUCGAACAUGAACUCAAACACGAUAUUCCAAAGACUGGCUUAGCUGCGUUUUGGGCGGAAUCUAUCCAAGGUCUUGGAGGGGCUGUUCAAUAUCCCAAAAAUUUCAUAAAAGGUGUUUAUGAGAUGGUAAAAAGUAAAGGUGGACUUUACGUAGCUGACGAAGUACAAACAGGAUUUGGAAGAACAGGAGAACAUUUUUGGGGUUUUGAAGGACACGGUAUCGUUCCAGAUAUAGUAACAAUGGCUAAAGGAAUCGGUAACGGUUAUCCUUUGGCGGCAGUAGCAACUACCCCAGAAAUUGCCGGUGCAUUAACAAAAGCAGCACAUUUCAAUACUUUCGGAGGAAAUCCAAUAGGAUGUACAGUGGGCAAGACUGUACUUGAGAUUAUCGAAGAAGAAAAACUUCAAGAAAACUCUAAAAAUAUUGGAACAUACUUGUUAUUGGAAUUGGAAAAAUUAAAAUCAAAAUUUAGUAUAGUGGGUGAUGUUCGUGGGAAAGGAUUGAUGAUUGGUGUCGAAUUAGUUGAAGACAAGGACUCUAAAGUGCCGUUAGAUGGUGCAAGAAUGAUGAAAUUUUGGGAAAAAUGUCUUGAUCUCGGAUUAAUUAUUGGAAGAGGUGGUUUGCAUGGAAACGUAAGUUCCAUUUUAAAUAUUUAUGCGCAAGUUUUACAAAAUUUGUGUCAUCUUCAUAUCUUGCUCCUUCGAUUAGAUUCUGUCUCUGUAAGAAGAAAACCACACACAACAAUAUGUACCCCGCACGCUGUAUGAGAAUUUUAAAUGGAUCUUGUCAACGUCAUCUAGCAUUAUUUUGUCUUUAUACCAAACUUUUUUUGUAGUAAACGCGGCGAACUCCAUUUCUUAUCUACUUUAUUGUUUCACGGGAUCAAACAAAUGGGCGAAAAAUGUUCAAUGCUGACUACAUUCCAAAAAAUUGAGAAAAAUCUUCAAAAUUAUAUUUUUUAAUUCGGUUUCCUUUCCUUAAUCUCUCUAAGAUGUCUUCAUAAUAAUGUUUUAGGUAAUCAGAAUAAAGCCUCCAAUGUGUAUAACAAAAGAAGACUCCGAUUUUACUUUAAAAGUAAUGGAACUUUCCCUGAAAGAUGUAUGAUGCAAACAAUUAGAAGUAUACUUUCUAUUUUAUAUAUAGAUACGAUUUUGAUUUCAGAUUAUACAAUAAAAAAUAGAAUAAACAAAUGUUAGAUUAAAA